UUUGUUUCUAUUGCUCUCGGCUCUUUUGUGUUUUCUCAUAUAUAAAACACUAUUCUCGUUCUUUCUUUCAUACUCAAAUAUUUUCAGUUCAUUUGUCACUGUCUUUAAAACAAUGGAGUUAACAAGUGUUGUCAAGUUUCUUGAAAACAGAACCAUUCUUGUUACUGGUGCCACUGGCUUUUUGGCAAAGAUUUUUGUGGAGAAGAUACUUAGGGUUCAACCAAAUGUAAAGAAACUCUAUCUUCUUCUAAGAGCUGCAGAUGACAAGUCAGCCAUGCAACGUUUCAAUACUGAGGUAGUGGCAAAGGACUUAUUCAAAGUUCUAAGAGAAAAAUGUGGGCCAAAUUUUACUACUUUUGUUUCACAAAGGACCACAAUUGUACCUGGUGACAUAACUUGCGAGAAUUUAGGUGUGAAUGACUCAAAUUUGUUGGAUGAAAUGUGGAAGGAAGUAGAUAUUGUUGUUAAUCUAGCUGCAACUACCAACUUUGAUGAAAGAUAUGAUGUGGCCUUGGGAAUUAAUACAUUUGGAGCUAGACAUGUCCUCAACUUUGCCAAGAAGUGUAAUAAAUUAAAGGUUCUGCUUCAUGUGUCAACUGCAUAUGUAUGUGGUGAAAAGGAAGGGUUGAUGUUGGAGAAACCAUAUAAUAUGGGUGAAGCCCUAAAUGGGACAUUAGGGUUAGAUAUUGAAUCAGAAAGGAAAGUGAUGGAGGAAACAUUGAAACAACUCAAAGCUGAAGAUGCUUCUGAGAAAUCAAUUACAACAGCAAUGAAGGAGCUUGGCCUGGAAAGAGCGAGGAAAUAUGGAUGGCCAAAUACAUAUGUAUUCACAAAGGCAAUGGGAGAAAUGCUUUUGGGAAAAUUGAAAGAAGAAGUACCUCUUGUUACUGUUCGUCCUACUAUCGUAACUAGCACUUUUAAAGAACCUUUUCCUGGUUGGGUGGAAGGUAUCAGAACUAUUGACAGUUUAGCAGUUGGAUAUGGUAAAGGAAGAAUAACUUGCUUCCUUGGCAAUCCUAAAACCGUAUUGGAUGUGAUUCCAGCAGAUAUGGUGGUGAAUUCAAUGAUAGUAGCCAUGGCGGCUCAUGCUGAUCAAAAGGGAAGUGAGAACAUAUACCAUAUUGGAUCCUCAGUUUCAAACCCAAUGGAAAUCAUUAAUCUUAGAGAUUUUGGAUUCAAUUACUUCACAAAAAAUCCAUGGAUCAACAAAGUGGAUGGAAAACCUAUUAUUGUUGGCAAGGUUACAAUUUUGGGUAGCAUGGAUAGUUUUCAAAAAUACAUGGCCCUUCAUUACUUGCUUCCUCUGAAGGGACUAGAGAUAGUAAACGCAGCAUGUUGUCAAUAUUUUCAAGGCAAAUACUUGCAGCUUUACAGGAGAAUCAAAUUUGUAAUGCGAUUGAUAGACCUUUAUGGACCCUAUUUAUUCUUCAAGACAGCAUUCGACGAUUUAAAUACAGAAAAAUUACGUAUGGCAGCAAGAGAGAGUGGCAUUGAAACAGACAUUUUCUACUUUGACCCAAAGAUUAUCAAUUGGGAAGAUUAUUUCACGAAAAUUCAUCUUCCUGGAGUUGUAAGAUACGUAUUUAAGUGAUUUAUUAUUAAUACUGAAAUUUGAUCAGUAUUAUAUAAAUUAGAUGAUUUAUAUUGCUAGGGUGAAUUAAAGUUUUCCAUUUAAUUUUAAAUUGUAUCAAAAUGUAUUUUGCCGUUACGAAUUACAUUCAGUUUAUCUAUUUCAAUUUGUUGUAUCCUUGACCCUUUUUGUUCUAAAUGAAGAUGUUAUAU